UGAAAGCAGCAGAGCGCAAGGACGCAGUUUCUGCGUUCUGCAAUCGUCUUCCAAAUUCAGGCGGCAAGAGGCGGAGGGAGAAAGCUGCAGAAACCUAGGGCUCCGGGAAGAUGACGAAGGUCUAUGGCACGGGAGUGUACGAUUUCAAGCGCCACCGGGUGGCGGAGUAUCCCGUGCAGCCGGUGACGACGGAAACCCUGCCUGAGCGGCGGCCUGGUGGCGGCUCCAUUACCCUAGUGGACAUCCAGAAGGAUCGACUCACGAAGAUUGCCUUGUCCAACUGGUCUGUUUCUGGUGAUGGAAGCUCAGCGGCGAGGCCGCCCUUCCGGCCGGAGCUCGUGAAGGAGAUUUACGAAACGGAGCUCGUCGUUUCCGAUGGCGGGAAGACCGUCCCGUUGCAAAGGGUCAUGAUCCUCGAGGUGAGCCAGUACCUGGAGAACUAUCUGUGGCCAAAUUUCGAGCCUGAGACUGCGAGUUUCGAGCACGUUAUGUCCAUGAUUCUUAUGAUCAACGAGAAGUUCCGGGAGAAUGUUGCGGCGUGGGUUUGCUUUAGAGACAGAAAGGAUGUCUUCAAGGCAUUUUUGCGAAGAGUUCUUUUACUGAAGGAGCAGGGAAGAGAUUUUAGCAUUGCAGAGAAGACAAAUUACUUGCUUUUCAUGAUUAAUGCUUUUCAGAGUUUGGAGGAUGAAGUGGUAAGAGAAACUGUCCUGAAGUUGGUUAGCCUGCAGUUGUGGCACAAUCUUUCUGUUGGUCGGUUCAAGAUGGAACUAUGUCUUCAUCCACAUCUAACUGAUAAAUGGAAAAAAAUGACUCGAAAAGAAGCCAAAAGAGCAAAGAGAGAAGGGAAUACUUAUGAUCCAACAAAAGUGCUUGAAGUGAGGUUCUUGAGGAACUUGAUUGAUGAAUUUCUGGAGAUACUAGAUGCUGAAGUUUUAGCACAGAAGCAAACAGAUGAUGAAGUGAUGCAGCCAGUUGAUGCCAAUGAAGUUGAUGAUGCUAGUGUCCUGUACUGUGAGAGAUUUGUGGAGUUCCUGAUUGAUUUGCUUAGCCAGCUACCUACACGAAGAUUCCUGAGACCUGUUGUGUCUGACCUUGCUGUUGUUGCCAAAUGUCACUUAAGUUCUCUUUAUAACCAUGUGAAAGGAAGACUGUUUUCCCAAUUGGUGGACUUGCUCCAGUUUUAUGAAGGCUUUGAGAUUGACGAUCAUGAUGGCACUCAGCUAAGUGAUGAUGAUGUCCUCUUGUCUCAUUACUCUCGAUGGCAAGCUUUCCAGCUAUUAGCUUUUAAGAAAAUUCCGAAGUUGCGGGAUCUUGCAUUGGCAAAUAUUGGCUCUCUUCAUAAGCGUGCUGAUUUGUUGAAGAAACUGUCUAUGUUGUCAAAUGAGGAGCUGAAAGACCUGAUCUGCAAUAAGCUCAAACUGAUAAGCAAUGAUGAUCCAUGGGUUGAAAGGAUUGAUUUUCUUAUGGAAGUCAUGGUCUCCUUUUUUGAGAAACGGCAAUCUCAAAAGGAAGCAAUAAAUGCUCUUCCUCUCUAUCCAAACGAGCAGAUAAUGUGGGAUGAAAGCCUUGUUCCUAGCAUCAAUUACUCUGGUGAAGGCUGCUUGGCCCUGCCCAAAUUGAAUUUGCAAUUUCUUACACUCCAUGAUUAUCUUCUGAGAAAUUUCAAUCUCUUUCGCCUUGAGUCCACAUAUGAAAUUCGGGAAGAUAUUCAAGAAGCUGUACCACACCUUCUUUCAUAUAUAAAUAAUGAAGGUGAAACUGCUUUCCGUGGCUGGUCAAGAAUGGCCUUGCCGAUUAAGAAUUUUAAAAUUACUGAGGUAAAACAGCCUAAUAUUGGGGAGGUGAAACCAGCUUCAGUUACAGCAGACAUCACAUUUAGCAUAUCCAGUUAUAAGGCUCACAUAAGGUCUGAAUGGGAUGCCCUUAAAGAACAUGAUGUUUUAUUUUUACUUUCAAUCCGUCCUUCUUUUGAACCACUCAGUGAAGAGCAGGCUGCAAAGGCAACUGUACCAGAAAGGCUUGGACUCCAGUAUGUGCGUGGCUGUGAAAUAGUUGAAGUCCGUGACGAAGAAGGCACUCUUAUGAAUGAUUUCACUGGGCGUAUAAAAAGAGAUGAAUGGAAACCACCAAAAGGUGAAAUGCGCACAGUAACUGUUGCUUUGGAUGCUGCACAGUAUCAUAUGGAUGUGACUGCUAUUGCGGAUAAUGGUGCAGAAGAUGUUUAUAGCACAUUCAACAUUUUAAUGAGAAGGAAACCUAAGGAAAAUAAUUUUAAAGCAAUUUUAGAAUCAAUUCGGGACUUAAUGAAUGAAUAUUGUAUAGUUCCUGAUUGGUUACAUGACGUAUUUUUGGGUUAUGGAAAUCCUUCUAGCGCCCAAUGGAACAACAUGCCAGACCUUUUGGAUGUGGUGGACUUCAAGGACACUUUUAUUGAUGCAGACCAUUUAAGGGGGAGCUUUCCAGAGUAUCAGGUUUGCUUUGUAAGACCUGAUGGAACAGAGGACCUGCAUCCAGCACCUCCUUUUCGAAUAAGGCUUCCGAAAUCACUAAAAGGUCAUGGUCAGGAAGUUUCAGGUGUUGACAAGCCCAACAGUGUGAAGGCUGCAAAUGCUGAUAAUUCAACUAUCAUGGCUGCCAGCAAAGAGAAAAUUAUUGUAGAAGCAUAUGUACCUCCAGAUCCUGGGCCUUAUCCCCAAGACCAACCAAAGAAAAAUACCGUCAGAUUUACUCCUAUCCAGGUUGAAGCUAUUAUCUCUGGAAUACAGCCUGGGUUGUCAAUGGUCGUAGGUCCACCAGGUACUGGAAAAACGGAUACAGCUGUACAGAUCUUAAAUGUCUUGUAUCACAAUUGUCCUUCUCAAAGAACAUUGAUCAUUACUCACUCAAAUCAGGCUCUGAAUGACCUUUUUGAAAAGAUAAUGCAGAGGGAUGUCCCUGCUCGUUAUCUUCUUCGUCUAGGUCAAGGUGAGCAGGAGCUGGACACUGACCUGGAGUUUAGUCGCCAAGGUCGUGUCAAUGCGAUGCUUGUCCGUCGCUUGGAGUUGCUUUCAGAAGUUGAGAGGCUUGCUAGAUCGCUUAAGCUGCCAGAAGAUGCUGGCUACACUUGUGAAACAGCUGGCUACUUCUUCCUGCUGCAUGUUUAUUCCCGUUGGGAACAAUUUCUUGAUGCAUGUGAGCAUAACAAGAAUAAUCCAACAUUCGUCAAGGACCGGUUUCCAUUUACUGAGUUCUUCUCAGACACACCAAAGCCUGUAUUCACAGGCGAAUCGUUUGAAAGAGAUAUGAAUGCUGCUAUGGGAUGUUUUUGUCAUUUGAAGACUAUGUUUCAAGAGCUUGAGGAGUGUAAAGCAUUUGAAUUGCUGAAAUCAACAGCUGAUCGAGCCAAUUAUUUAAUGACAAAGCAGGCAAAGAUUGUGGCUAUGACGUGCACUCAUGCUGCAUUGAAAAGAAGGGAUUUUCUUCAGUUAGGCUUUAAAUAUGACAAUUUACUUAUGGAGGAGAGUGCACAAAUUUUGGAGAUAGAGACAUUUAUACCAAUGUUACUUCAAAGGCAGGAAGAUGGGUACGCACGACUUAAGCGCUGCAUACUGAUUGGUGAUCAUCAUCAGUUACCCCCUGUUGUCAAAAACAUGGCUUUUCAGAAAUAUAGUCACAUGGAUCAAAGUCUUUUUACAAGAUUUGUUCGGUUAGGAAUCCCAUAUAUUGAGCUCAAUGCACAAGGUAGAGCAAGGCCUAGUAUAGCUAAGCUUUACAAUUGGAGGUAUCGAGAUCUAGGGGAUCUUCCAUAUGUUCAGAAUGAGCCAAUCUUCCACAAUGCUAAUUCUGGAUUCUCCUAUGAGUACCAGCUUAUUGAUGUGCCUGAUUACCAUGGCCAUGGUGAGUCUGCACCAUCACCAUGGUUUUACCAAAAUGAAGGGGAGGCAGAAUACAUUGUUAGUGUUUAUAUAUACAUGCGGUUGCUUGGUUACCCUGGCAACAAGAUAUCCAUUUUAACUACUUAUAACGGCCAGAAAUUUCUCAUACGAGAUGUCAUCAACAGGCGGUGCAUGCAAUAUGGCAUUGGUCCACCAAGCAAGGUCGCUACUGUUGAUAAAUUUCAAGGUCAACAAAAUGACUUCAUUUUACUAUCUCUUGUACGGACUCGAUUUGUGGGACAUCUUCGGGAUGUUAGAAGGCUUAUUGUUGCCAUGUCUCGAGCACGUCUAGGGCUGUAUGUGUUCUGUAGACGGUCUUUGUUUGAACAAUGCUAUGAACUACAGCCAACUUUCCGUUUAUUACUCCAGCGUCCUGAUCAACUUGGUCUUACCCUGGAUGAGCCAACCACUUUUACUGAUCGCCAUGUUGGAGAUACUGGCACUAUGCACUUGGUUUCUGGUAUUCAGGAGAUGGAUAGCAUAGUGAAUUUCAGGAUGCAUCAAUUGUACCAGGCACAAAUGAUGAACCAUCCUGCCAAUCCAUACUACAUGCACUCUGAACAUGGUACAAAUGCUCCUGCAGAGGUCAAUGGUCUUGCAGGUCCGGAUUUGUCAUCUGCAAAUGGCAAUGAUAGUGGUAAGCUACUCGAAAAAAGUGAGGAGAACGGCAUGCCCUCUGAGGAUGAUUCAAAUGGUGAUACUGAAAUGGAGGAGUGAACUUUGAACUCCGUCUGUAGAUGAGGAUAGAUGAGAAUGGGCUAAUAACUCAUUGGAUGGUUGGAGGCAGCGAUAAAAAGCAACGCCAGCAGAAUUGAGUUGCUUUGAAUUGUUUGUAUCCCAAGAAGCAGCCUAAAGCAACUGUGCUCGGGACUCUACAUUGGUCAAGCCAACAAUAUUCUGGCGCCUAAGUUGAGACCUGCUCUGAUCUCUUAAUCCAAGGCCCAAGAGCUGAUCAAAGUUCAGGUUGGCAUGCAAUCUGUGAAGUUCGUUGUUGCUGAGUGAAAUGAUCCAACAUCCUGUCUUGUAAAAGUAGUGAAAUUUGUAAGCAUUAAGCUUACUAGCUUUAUCGUCCUAGAUGAAGCUAACCCUUCAGGCUUGCAUCAGGGGUUGGUCGGUUGAUUGUGGGCCUUUUGAAUUUGAAUACUCAAGGUGCAGUUAGUGGUGCUUUGAAAAGGUUGCGGCUUCUUCAUACGUUAAUUUGGUAAAUGAACCCUUUAGUUAUUUACAAACUAUCAGCACUUAACGAAACUUUGGAUAUCAUUUUUUUCUUUAA